UCUUCCCCCAUCGCCACGGAGUUCUGCCAGCACAAUGCUAUUUAGCAUAUAAAAGCAAGCCGUCUGCCUACCGUUCCCUUCAGAUUUAUUUGAUCACCUAUCGCAUCAUCACAAAGGAUGCGUUUCUCCUUCGUCCUCGCCGUCGUUGCUGCUGUGAUAGAUUCAAUAUCUGCCAGUCCCGUUGGCAGCCCCAGUGACGCUGACAGCAGUGGUCGUUAUUGCCCCACUUAUUGCACGUGGAUAACCUGCUGCCCUGGCUCGAAAUGCGAGUGGGUAGGCAUCUUUAAUGACCAGGUUGACCAGGUCGGAGUGAGUAUGAAUAGUUUGCAUCCUGGAUUUAACCACAUGACUGGCUCACUGGCGUGGUAGAAGGUGCAGGUGUGUUUACCUGACAAGCACGGUGAACUACAGUGAAUAGUGGUUUCUUGCCGAGUUGAUCAAUCUGCUUGCUUCUGAACAAAUUUCACUGCCGCUUGAGCAAU